UUAUGAGGAUCGCUGUGAUCAGCGCGGGAAUACACGUCAAAGGAAACUUCAGAGAGUAAGCUGCAAGCAGAUACACCGUCAGAUCCAGACCUGGCGUGUGAAAGACACGGUGAACCACUGGUUGUAUACUGUGUCACAUGUGAAGAUGUGCUUUGUGUGGGAUGUCUGGGUGAACACCCUCUACACACAAUCAGAGAUAUUCAGUCUGCAGGCCAAGCUGUCGGCAAUAUCCGGUCACCUGGAAAAAACUUUGGCAGAAUUCCAACAGAUUCUGUCUGAAUUGAAGGGUGUGCAAAAUAAAAUUCAGGAAAACCAAACUUUACAUUUGGAGGACAUCGAGAAGGCUUACUGUGCAGCCCUGGAUGUCUUGAAAACCUGGCUGAAUAACUCAACAGAGGCAGUGAAAAGUCGACACACAGAAUGGAGCGUUCAUUGUGCUGCAGCUGUAAAGCAUCUUGAGAUGGAGGAGGAGGAAGUGAGAAAGGUGCAGCAGUCCUCUCAAGAUUUGUUAUCCUCAACCAAGGUGCGAAUUUUAAAGGGUUCUAGGCAGCUGUUCAUAAGGACUGAUACUCAGUUAGAAGAGAUCAAAGCUUCAAUGAAGACACAGGAAGAAAUAAAACAGACACUACUGGAAUCUGUAAACAGUUACCCCGUUGAUCCCAGACGUGUGAUUGUAAGAGAGGAAGCUGCAGAACAUGAGGUUGUGAGAGGUCUAAUCAUCACAAAGCCGAGGCUGAUAUUCACAGAAACAGGUUAUGAACAACUGUUGAUUACUUACAAUGACUCAGUGGUAGAGUCUGACGGUAAUUGCAGUUUACAGUUGUGUAGAGCUGUGACAGACAGCUUUUUCCAGACGGGCAGGUACUACUGGGAGGUGCAGGUCACAUUUUUCCCGAAUAUAUAUGGCAAUUUCCGUUACUGCCGUGUAGGUGUUGUACAUCGGAACUGUGGUGUUAGGACGGAUACAGACCCUGGUGAUAACAUCUGGUGCAUUAGGAUGGAGUACCAUGAUGAUAUUGUCAGAUGCUAUAGUCACUGUGGUGGUGAGAUCCGAACUUGCUAUGAACGGUGGAAACCUGCCCUACGAUCUCUUCAUCUCGGUGUGUAUCUGGACUGUGACAACCGGUCAAUGACAAUCCUGGACCCUGAUAACAACCAACAAAUCUUCACCGUGUGGGAUCUAAACCUGUGCCAACCACUCGUACCAUGUGUUACAUUUGACCAGGUAAAAUUUGCGUCGGCUCGCCUGUUAUCAGGUGACUCUGUGGCUCUACCCUUAGUUCUCCGUAAUAUGUUAAAGGCACCGAACCAUUCUCCUUCCAGUUUGUAAAUAUAAAUUGAAAUAUUUUUAAAUUCCCAGAUUUAGAGCACUAAUGUAAGUGGCUGCCUAUUGAGGCCAGUACUUCACAAGUGCCUUGAGCAAGUAGAUUUCGCUACACGUGAUCUAUAAAUCUCCCGGUGUAGAAUUGUCCCUAUGAAUUUACAAAACGUGACAAAGAUAGACCUACUAUCAACGGCCUCAUUUUUUUCAAAAUUUGUCCGAACUUUGAACACACAUAUUACCAUCGAAACAACACAACGCGUUUUGAAUUAUUUGGUUGUUUUAUUGUUUGGGAGAUUUGGUUUUAUGAGUUGGAAACACAGGUGUUCAGAGCAAAGAAGUAAAAUGAACAUUCAGACGACAAUCUAUGUUCCAUGAUGACGUGUCGUGUGUGGUAAGGAGGAACUAUGGAAAUGUUCAGGUGGUCAAUGAAGGUGAUCAGAACUGAGAAAUAAAAUGAACAUUCUCACGACAAUCUGUGUUCCAUAAUGAUGUGCCGUGUAUGGCAAGGAGAGUCUUUGGAGGUCUUCCGAACUGAUAAGUGAAAUGAACAUUCUCAUGACAUUCUGCGUUCCAUGAUGACGUUUUGUGUGAGGUAAGGAGGAUCUAUGGAUGUGUCCAGAACUGACACGUGAAAUGGACCUUUUUUUGACAGUCUGUGUUCCAUAAUAACGUGUCGUGUAUGAUAAGGAGGGUCUGUGUAGAAGUUCUGAACUGACAAGUGAAAUGAACAUUCUGACGACAAUCUGUGUUCCAUGAUGACGUGUCGUGUGUGGUAAGGAGGAACUAUGGAGGUAUUCAGGACUGACAAGUGAAAAGAACAUUCUGACGACAAUCUGUGUCCUAUGAUAACGGGUUGUGUGUGGUAAGGAGGAUCUAUAGAAGUGUUCAGGAUGGACAAGUGAAAUGAACAUUCUGACGACAGUCUGUGUCCUAUGAUAACGGGUUGUGUGUGGUAAGGAGGGUCUAUAGAAGUGUUCAGGACUGACAAGUGAAAAGAACAUUCUGACGACAAUCUGUUUUCUGUGACGACGUUUUGUGUGAGGUAAAGAGGAUCUAUGGAGGUGUUCAGGACUGACAAGUAAAAUGGACAGUUUGAUAACAAUCUGUGUUCCAUGAUGAAGUGCCUUGUAUUGUAAGGAGGGUCUAUGGAAGUGUUCAGGACUAACUAGUGAAAUGAACAUUCUGACGACAGUCUGUGUUCCACGAUAACGUGUCUUGUGUGGUAAGGAGGGUCUGUGGGUGUGCUCAGAACUAACAAAUGAAAUGGACAUUUGGACGACAAUCAGUGCUUAAUGAUGGCGUGUUGUGUAAGGUAAGGAAGGUCUUUAGAGAUGUUCAGAACUGACAAGAGAAAUGAACAUACUGACGACCAUCUGUGUUCCAUGAUGAGGUGUUGUGUCAUCUGGGCAGGUGUUCAAAACGCGACAACAAUCUCUGUUCCAUGAUGACGUGUCGUGUGUGGUGAGGAGAGUCUUUGGAGGUUUUCAGGACUGACAAGUAAAAUCAACAUUCUGCCGACAAUCUAUGUUUCAUGAAGUGCCUUGUAUGGUAAGGAUGAUCUUUAUAGGUGUUCAGAACUGACAAGUACACUGAACAUUAUGACGACAAUCUAUGUUCCAUGAUGACGUGUUGUGUAUAGCAGAAAGAAUCUUUUACCAUUUCAUAUUUAAGACAUGUAGAUACACGUUAAGACAGGUUUAGAUUGUUGUAAAUUAGGAGUUAAAAUAGUCACAGGAUGAAUGAUUUUCAUUUGCUUCAAACUGAAAUUGGAAUCGAAGCUUUAUAUAUUCCAUUAUUCUAUUUCUACUUUGCUUUUAAUGUAGCUUAAAGUUUAUAAUCAAUUAUUACACGUAUGCAAUGAUGAUUAUACCUUAUUUCAUGUCUGAUAGUGAGUAUACCAUAUACCUUAUGUAAUAAUGAUUAUGCCUUAUGUAAUGACAAUUAUGCCGUAAGUAAUAAUGAUUAUGGCUGAUGUAAUAAUGAUUUUGCGUUAUGCAAUGAUGAUUAUGUCUGAUGCAAUAAUGAUUAUAUCUGAUGUAGUAAUGAUAAUUCCUGAUGUAAUCAUAAUUAUGCCUUAUGUAAUCAUAAUUAUGCCUUAUGUAGUAAUGGUUAUGCUUUAGGUAAUACUGAUUAUACCUUAUGUAAUAAAGAUUAUACCUUAUGUAGUAAUGGUUAUGCCGUAUGUGGUAAUGAUUAUACCUUAUGUAAUAAUGAUUAUGCCUCAUGUAAUAAUGAUUUCAACUCACGUCACAAUGAUUAUACCGUACGUAAUGAUGACUAUACAUAUAUAUUAAUGAUUAUGAAGUGCUUUCAAUGUUUCUCUUGUAGACUUACUUGCUCUUGUGUUCACGUCUUGUGAUCUUUGGUAGUAAUAAGUUUCUAUAAGUGACUGGGUGCAGCCUGGACUCGUCUGCCAUCAUAAAACUUAAUGGACACGAUGAGUAUGCUGUGAAGAUGUAGGCCGGUCAAUUCUGAUUAGACACUAUAUGAUGUUUUGAAGAAAUGGGCAUGUUAAUUCUGAACAUCGUUACAGUUCAUCUUUCUUAUAGUUUUCAUCGCAUCUUAAGUUUAAAU